AUGUCGGACAUCUCCACUGACUUCGACAACGACACGCUGCCGGCGGCUGCGGUCGCAGACUACAACUUCCCGGCGCUGAUAUUCGGGAUUUUGCUGAUUGUGAUCAUCACAGGUGGAAACGUGCUCGUGUGCCUCAGCGUGUAUUUGGAGAAAGCUUUAAAAACGACAACUAACUACUUCAUAGUCAGUUUGGCGUUUGCAGAUUUGCUGCUGGCGGUGCUGGUUCUGCCGCUCUUCGUUUACGCAGAGUUUCAGGGUGGAGUUUGGUCCCUGAAUAUGCUGAUGUGCGACGGCCUGAUGACCAUGGAUGUGAUGCUGUGCACUGCAUCCAUAUUCAACCUCUGUGCCAUCAGCGUGGACAGGUUCAUCGCAGUGUCCAUUCCCCUAAAUUACAACCGUAAACACGUGGACCAUCGUCAGCUCGUCCUGCUGUCGGCCACCUGGCUGCUGGCCCUGGCCGUGGCCUCGCCCGUCAUCUUUGGCAUCAACAACGUGCCAAACCGCGACCCCAGCGAGUGCAAACUGGAGGACAACAACUAUGUGGUUUAUUCCUCCGUCUGCUCCUUUUUCAUCCCCUGUCCCAUCAUGGUCCUGCUCUACUUCGGAGUUUUCCGCGGGCUGCAGCGCUGGGAGGAGGCUCGUAAGGUCAAACUGCGCAGCAGCAUCGAGGCCUGCAGGAAGCUGCAGCACGCGGCCGUCGCCACCGCCCUCCCCCCGCUGACGGGCACCAUCCCCGGGCCUCUGCCCAUGCCUCUGCCCAGGAUCAUCGAGAGGGACUUGGCCCAGUCUCGGCUGGACGACACCGACGACUACAUGCAGCAGGAGAUUCCUUAUCCCCGGCAGUACAGAGAGAACUCGGUGCCCACAGUGACGUUCAGCCAGCAGCUGCACAGGAAGAAGAGAGCCAAGAUCAACAACAGGGAGAGGAAAGCUAUGAAGGUGCUACCUGUCGUAGUAGGUUGCUUCCUGUUCUGCUGGACUCCGUUCUUCGUGGUCCACACGACGCGAGCCGUGUGCUUCACGUGCGACAUCCCUCCCGGUCUGAUGAGCACCGUCACCUGGCUGGGCUACGUCAACAGCGCCCUCAACCCCAUCAUCUACACCAUCUUCAACACAGAGUUCAAGAAAUUCUUCAAGAAAUGUUUCCGCAGCUGCUGCUGA